UCCGCAGGAGGCGCCAUGGCCGAGACCGCUCCCGUUGCUGCGCCCGAUGUGGCCGCCGCUCCGACCCCAACCAAGGCGUCGCCCGCCAAGAAGCCGAAGAAGGCGGCGGGCGGCGCCAAAGCCCGCAAGCCCGCGGGCCCCAGCGUCACCGAGCUGAUCACCAAGGCCGUGUCCGCUUCCAAGGAGCGCAAGGGGCUCUCCCUCGCCGCGCUCAAGAAGGCGCUGGCCGCCGGCGGAUACGACGUGGAAAAAAGUAACAGCCGCAUCAAGCUGGGGCUCAAAAGCCUGGUCAGCAAAGGCACCCUGGUGCAGACCAAGGGCACCGGAGCCUCGGGCUCGUUCCGCCUCAGCAAGAAGCCGGGUGAGGUGAAGGAGAAGGCUCCCAGGAAGAAGACAGCGGCAGCCAAGCCCAAGAAGACAGCAGCUAAGAAACCUGCAGUUGCUGCCAAGAAGCCCAAGAAAGCAGUGGCAGUGAAGAAGAGCCCCAAGAAAGUCAAGAAGCCGGCGGCUGCUGCCACCAAGAAGGCAGUGAAGAGCCCCAAGAAGGCGACCAAGGCUGUCAAGCCCAAGAAGGCAGUAGCUGCCAAGAGCCCGGCCAAGGCAAAGGCGGUGAAGCCCAAAGCUGCCAAGCCCAAGGCGGCCAAACCCAAGGUAGCCAAGGCAAAGAAGGCGGCACCCAAGAAGAAGUAAAUAACCUAAAAAAAUAUCCCCCCCUUCUGCUUUGCAGAUAAACCCAACGGCUCUUUUAAGAGCCACCCAAAGUUUCCCAAAAAGAGCUGAAACGCUGUUUCUUACGGGUUUUUCUGUGCGUGCAGAUGGAGGUUCGCUUUUUCAGCACCGCUCUCAGACCGACCGCCCUCCCUCUGCUCUCCCCAGGUGCCGCCCCCGCGGCAGCUCAUUGCACCUCGUCCGAGCCGGUGCGCUGUGAGGAGCCUCACGGCGGCCGUACGGAAAAAGCGAGCCUGGAGGGUUCGUGAGAGAGUCCGCGCAGCUCUCGUCGGUCCGGGGCUGCGCCGCGGUGGGCGCGCUCUUUGCUCUCCCCAUCGCUGCUGAUUUUGAAAAGCCCGCGCUGAGCGAACAUUGGCUGCGGUUGGGCUGAUGGGCUGCGCGGGGUUUCCGAGUUGCACAGCCGCUCCGUCUCUCUUCUGUCGGGCGGAAAUUCAAGUUUUUCGCUCGGCGGAAGGGAUGUAUGAACUUAAUGAAUACGUAUUUGCCUCCUCUGUGUGGGUUUAUUUCACUCACUGUGCAGUUCUGACCCCGAGAAUCUCGUCUCUCGUAGGGUGAGGCUCCGAGCACGGGAGUUGCUCCUGAAGCUCUCCGCACUGUUUAGGUGCCUUAAGCUUUUCCUUUAGAGCUUUUCCCUUUUUCCCUUCGGUUCUUGUCUGGCCGCCAGCGGCGGAUCCGAGCUCAGUAGGAACUAGUGGGGCUCGGAGCACCCCUGUCUGCUUCCAGCUUCACCCCUACGCGGACGACUCGACCGCAUCCUCCGCCUUUAGAGAGUUCACCCUGCACUCAGGUUUGCGUGGGGGAUUGAGCGAAGGGAAAUAAAGGAACUGGAUGUCUGCUUUGCUUCUAUACGUAGCGCCGGAACCGCUGUUUCCUCAGCGGUAAGGCCGGCUCACAGUUCACUAACAGCUCCAAGUCCUGAGUUGAGAUCCAGAGGUUGGGGUGGAGCUGUGCCUGACAGUCUCACACCUACCAAGGUAGAACCUCCAUCUGCCCCAGCCUCAUUUGUGUCCUCCAAGUGUUUACUAGCAGUAGCUGAGGAUCAGGGUGCAGCAGUCCAGGCAUGGAUCCCUGGGUUUGACUUGCGGAAUAAAAUUCUAUAAUCCGGAGAUGGGUUAUAAAGCAGAAUUGUACAAGUCAUGAUAUACCUAAGGAUGUGCCUGAAGAGAUCAGGAAGGAAUGGAACCACUGCCCCUUCCCCGGAGUUCUUUGUUUAACAAAGAGUCCCUCGGAGAGAACGGAAGAAGCCUUGAAAGGAAUCAACAUACCAAUAUGAUAAGAGUACCAAGACAUCUUGGAAACAAACAGCAGAAUAGCAACUGAUUGGCACAAGAUAGCACAUGAAUUAACACCGAAUGUAAUUAACAAAUGCAAACCUCGGGUAAAAUUGUAACCUGGAAUACCCAACUAAAGGGGAAACAGGGGAGGGGAAACGCAUGAGAGACAUGGUAUAAAAAAUCAUGUCCCUAGGCAUGCUUCUGCAGUGCCCCUCAUUGCAAUUGCAAAUAAAAACUGCUUUUAUCA